AUGCUUUUUCACUGGGUUUUUAUACCCUGGUUACAGCGGGAGUUAGACGCUUACCAGGACCGAAUCCUUCCCCAUGGUGCACCAGACAUCAUCUACCAAUCGCCCAAGAACUUUGGUGUCUUAGACUUUAAAAUCCAAGUCGAAUGGGAAGCCUUAGACCACGUCCGUGAUCUCUACAUCGAUCCCUCCCAUAUUGUCUUCGACCUCGUUCCAAAGCCAUUCAGCGAGUUCAUGGAACAUUGCUAUACAGAACUUGGACACCCAUUAGUUACACGGCAGACCACUUGGGAUGUCUACCUGCGCUUACUCACCAUAGUGGAGGCCAAUGACGAGAUGAUACCACGCCACAUUGAGUUGUUAGAUGAGGCAGAGGAAGAAUUAACCACUUUGCCGCUUAUAGAGAACCUUCAAGAGUUGCCCUAUCGCGAAGAUGGCAACGGUGCCUACUACAUGGGUGGGGUGGGUGGCGGUCUUGGUCUUGUUGACCAGCAUUUGCAUGAGCUGGAGAGUCUUGCCCGUGAUGAUGAGCCUGACAUCACACUUGGCAUUGACAAAAGUGUUGUGGGACUGGACCAUGCAGGUUUGGUUGUGUGGGAUUUCUCAGAUGACGAUAACUCGGACGUGCCGGACGAAUGGUAA